AACCUGAAACAGUCAAAAUUAAAACUUUCGUCUGGAAAUAUAAGUAAAGAAAAUAUUGCUUUAGGGCUUUCAGAAGUUCGCGCAAAACGUAAAAGGCAAUUGCAAGAAACUUUACAAGAUGAUGUAGAAAUGCAUGAAAUACAUGGGGAGGAAGAAGCAACUAAAUUUUUUUUAGAUUUAUUUCGAACUUAG